CCGGAAACCCCGAUCCACCGGUAACCCCGACCCACCGGACACCCUACAGGCUCACCCCCGAGCGCCAUGUCUGAACUGGACUCAGAAGAGUUCGAGGAGGAGGCCGAACCCGACCUGGGGGAGUAUGAAGGCGAGCGGAAUGAAGCUGGCGAGCGCCACGGAAGCGGGAAGGCGCGGCUGCCCAACGGCGACACGUACGAGGGGCAGUACGAGAGAGGGAAGAGGCACGGCCAGGGAACGUAUCGGUUCAGAAACGGCGCUCGUUACUCAGGAGAAUAUUCCCAGAACCUGAAACACGGCGCAGGCACCUUCAGCUACCCCGACGGCUCCAAGUACGAAGGUGACUGGGUGGAUGACCAGCGGCAGGGGCAGGGGGUUUAUGCGUACGCCAACGGAGACACGUACAGCGGAGACUGGUUCGCCCAUCAGAGGCAUGGACAAGGCGUGUACACGUACGCCGAUACCGGAUCCAAGUACAUCGGCACCUGGGUCAACGGGAAGCAAGAGGGCGCCGGGGAGCUUGUGCACCUGAAUCACCGCUACCUGGGCAAAUUUACCAGCAACAGCCUCCUGGGGCCGGGGAAGUACGUGUUUGACACGGGCUGCGAGCAGCAUGGCGCAUACGUGCAGGCCGAGCAGGAGAAGGAGGACGAGGAGGAUGAAGAAGAGGAGCCCCUGGCGGUGCCGGUCACCAAGUGGAACGCUGACAAAAUUACAAACCUUACCCUCUGGUCUCCAACUGAAGUGGUUCAGCCUCCUGCCCCAGUGGUUGGAGAGCCGGCUGCAGCAGAUGAAACGGGUUCCCAAAUGGCGCCCGCAGAGGCUGUGGCUCCCGCUCCAGGAUCCGAGGCUGAGCUCACAGUAGGCUCUUCAGGAGCCUCAGGACCCACGGCGUCUAAUGCGGUGUCUGAAGGGCCAGAAGCUGCCCCUGCAUUACCCGAGAGCGAGGGAGCGGAUACCGGGGAUCCUGCCGAGGAUGCUGAUAACUAAGUGGGGAGACGUCCCAAAAAGUGCAAGAGAAGAGACGUGAAAAACAUAAUGAAUGGUGGGGAGCCAUCUGUACAGAGGGGUAUUCUGGACUGGGGAACAAGCCUACAGACAUCGGCCGUGGGAACAGGACCACAGACACCAGCCAGUUAAAGAGCUAUGCUGGGAAUAGGCUAAUGUUCUAUGGCUGCAUCGUUACCGUCAUUUCUAUACAUCUGAAAUGUUUAUGGUCGGAUGGGUCUGUUGAUGUAUCAUUUCCUUUAUUGUGUAAUAUUGGAAUAGCACAUAAACUCGGUCACAUAUUACAAA